AUGAUUUUCAAGUUUAAUGCUGCAGAUAGAACAACGACAACAGAUAUAACAAUGGUCCCAUUCUCUCCGAGCCAUUCGCAGGCAGAGGAUUUUCGUCAGUAUCGGACGGAGUCGGGAUUUCACCCGAAGGCCUACGAUACAUUCGCGACAACUUCAUUCUAUGCUGGCAGUGGCGGAAGUCGUUGGGACACCGGGGAGGCUCACCUCUACCCACCAAGAGGUGAGUCCUACUACGAGCCCAGCGCUGCGCAGUACGCGUCCUACUUCACGGGUGCAACCACGCUGGGACCUCCUGUACAUCCCUUUGCCACCGGUAGGGAAGAGUUUGACUUUCCAAAUGGCAGCAUCCAGCAGUCCUACAAUGGCGGGAUGCUUCAAGAAAUAAAGUAA